AUGGCUCCGCCGGCCGUAGGGGGGAGAGCUCCGCUUGCGCUGCUCUUCUUACUCCUAUUGCUCUUCCAGUUUGCGGCGGUCCUCGCGUGGAAGAAGGAGGAGUUCCGUAACUGCGAUCAGACCCCAUUCUGCAAGAGGGCUCGGGCGAGGAAGCCCCACUCCUGCAGGCUCGCCGUCUCCGAUGUCGCCCUAGAGGAUGGACGCCUGACUGCGCUCCUCCGCCCCUCGGCCAAUGCGGCGCCUCCACCGCCGCCGCCGCCGCCGCCGCCGCCGCCGCCACCAGCUCCUCUCAUCGAACGGCUUGAGUCGGAGGACGGUGAAGCGGACAGCGACGCCGGGUUUUCCGACGGAGCAGAUCGUUCCACCGAAGAGGAAGAAGAACAUCAGGAGACUAGGCCACUUCUGCUGGAGCUCUCGGUUUACCAGGACGGGAUCCUGCGGCUGAAGAUCGACGAGGUGGACGAUCCGGCAGCCGAUCCUCCUAGGAAGAAGCGCUUCCAGGUUCCCGAUGUCAUCAUUCCCGAUUUCGAGGGCCGGAAGCUCUGGCUGCCGCGGAUCUCUACUUCUCCGGACGGCGUCUCAUCCAUAAUUUAUCUCUCGGGGGAUGUCGAGGCCGUCCUCCGCCACGACCCCUUUGAGCUUUACGUCCGCCGUACAGGAUCGGACGACGAUCGGUUGUUCUCCCUCAACUCUAAUGGUUUGUUUGACUUCGAGCAGCUGAGAACCAAGAAGGAAGAUGAGAAAUGGGAGGAGAGGUUCCGCAGCCACACAGAUACCCGACCUCAUGGACCUCAAUCGAUCAGUUUUGAUGUAUCAUUCUACGAUGCGGAGUUCGUUUAUGGUAUCCCGGAGCACGCUUCAACAUCCCUGGCGCUCCAAUAUACACGAGGCCCCGGCGUGGACCAUUCAGAGCCCUACCGCCUCUUCAACCUUGAUGUAUUUGAGUACCUCCACGAGUCACCCUUUGGUCUUUACGGUUCUAUUCCUUUCAUGCUCUCCCACGGCUCCCGUGGUUCGUCUGGUUUCUUCUGGCUCAAUGCAGCAGAGAUGCAGAUUGACGUGCUUUCGGCUGGCUGGGAUGGAUCGGCGGGUUCUGGUGGUGAGAAGCAGAGGAAGAGGAUCGAUACAUUAUGGAUGAGCGAGGCAGGCAUUGUGGAUGCCUUCUUCUUUGUAGGACCUGGGCCAAAGGACGUAAUACGGCAGUACACCAGUGUCACUGGCACCCCUGCUAUGCCUCAGCAGUUUGCUGUGGCGUACCAUCAGUGCAGGUGGAACUACCGUGACGAGGAGGAUGUUGCGAAUGUGGAUUCGGGGUUCGACGAGCAUGACAUCCCGUAUGAUGUGCUUUGGCUUGAUAUUGAGCACACGAAUGGAAAGAGGUAUUUCACAUGGGACAAGGUGUUGUUUCCAAAUCCAGAGGAAAUGCAGAAUAAGCUCCUUGCUAAGGGAAGGCACAUGGUGACUAUAGUUGAUCCUCAUAUAAAGAGGGAUGAGUCCUUUCAUCUGCAUGAGGAGGCUACCCAGAAGGGAUAUUAUGUGAAGGAUGCUUCUGGGAACGAUUUUGAUGGCUGGUGUUGGCCCGGGUCAUCUUCCUAUCCCGACGUGUUGAACCCAGCGAUUCGAGAAUGGUGGGCAAACAAAUUCUCACUGAAGGAGUAUGUUGGUUCAACUCCCUCACUGUACAUAUGGAACGAUAUGAAUGAACCUUCUGUCUUCAAUGGCCCUGAGGUAACCUCCAUCCACCUUUCCAAUGUAUCUUUCAUUACAUACUUGUAGUUGUGUGCAUGAAAACAAGCUACCAUGCGACGGGGAACUACUGGUCAGGAGAAUUUCUCGUGAUGAAUCUUUUGGACACACUACAAGACUGUUAGUGAUAGAAAUGAAUCUACUGGUAGAAAUUUUCCGUAAGAAUACAUUUAAAAAAUGACGACAGUAAAUGGCAUAUGUUAUUUUCUUUUUGGAGGAAUGUAUAUUUGAUGAUUUUCUUUUUGAAGGUUAUGCAUUUUUAGAUAAUAUAUAAAAAAUUCCAAGCCCUAAGUGCCCGACUAAAUUUCCACAGAUGGCUUGUGGUUUUUAUAACGUUGUAGGUAAGUAGCAACUUCCAACUUAGAUGUAGAACCCAGGUUGAUUCCAUUUUCCAUGAAUGAUAUGGAUGUCCUUUUUUUCAUUUACAAACUUUGUGGUUCGCACCUUCACCAUCGUAAAACUUUAAUAUUGUCUCCGAAUUUUACGCCAUAUUCACUUAAAACAUUGGGCUUUGUUAACGAAUACUCGAGUAAAAAAUCCACAUGAUGUCUCCGAUGAUGAAUGCUUAUUUCAAUGUGAAAUUUCGAAUAUCAGUGUAUAUACGAUGUUUAUUACUGAUAGAAUGAACACGGUCAUAUGCUUGCGUACAAACUUAUAAAAUAUGUUAAAAUAUUUCUGUUUAGUUCGUUCAAGCUUCCUUUUUAUCCCCUCUUUUCUUGUGUACUCUUUAUCUAGUGAUGAACUGCAGUAAAAAAGUUACAUGCUUUUUGGUUAUAGAUCUCUACUAUUCUUCGAGCAACUGUCACAUUCACGAGAUUUUCGGAGAAUACCGUGAAUCACCUUGGACUUUUUCAGAUUUCUGACAUCAUACUCCCGUAGUUGUUCUUAAAUGACUUAAACCAGUUCAUGAUGUGUCAAACUCCGUUAACUACAUUUAGCCACUUAUGAAGAUAUUCCCAGCAACAGUUUUUGGGUAGAAAUGCAGCACUAGUGAACACAUUGUGGCGAAGUUGUUUUUUGGGUGAUACAAGUGCUAGUUCUCUAACAGUUGCACACAGAAGGCCUUUAUUUGUGUGACAUGGACAACCUCCUCCCGAUCUGUUUCUCCUGCCCUGUGAUAGUUCAUUUAAUUUUUUACAAGAAGAGCCGCAUGUAGAACUUCCAGGAAGUUAAUUUGUAUUUUUGAUUUUAUAUAACUAUGGACCGACCCUAACGGUUUUCCUUUCAAGAGUUCAAGUGAAGGGAGAGUGUUGUAAGUUCUACAUUUGUUACUGAUCUUCUCUAAGUAUAUGAUGAAGAACGAAGUGACACGCAAUACUCAUUUGUUUAGCAAUUAAUUGCAGAAGUUUUUAAUAGAAAAUUAUAUGGCUUUAGAAGUUUGAAAACUCGGUGCUUAAAGUGGAGGGUCCUAACGAUUUCGUAUAUUCGUAUUCAUGAUGGAUGAAGGAGCCUGCCUCAAAGCAUUUAUAAAGGUUGAAGAACUUUUCGAAUUUUACUUUGGGACCUUUCGUAGAAUUGGCUGAAACACCUUUUACAGUUUCAUGGGUGUGAUGGGAUUCAGAGGCUGGUGCUUGAAUUGGACCUCAGAGACUCCAUAGCCAAAAUUUCAGGCUCUGUUUUGAUUUAUUGAGAGCCCAAGGGGAUCAAGUCAGGGGCAUCCUCUCCCAAAUUUCUGAAUCUUCUAUUUGUUGUAAUGUACGAGGAGUUGAGUUUAUUGCUAUUUAUGGCAAGAAGAUGUGAGCUCUAAGAACUUUCUGCUCCUUAUCUAUCUUCUUUAACUUUCCCAUUGCUUUUCUCUCUCUCCAAAUGUUGAACACCCAAAUUGUAGGAAGAAGAAUCGUAUCCAUAAGGAAUGCCGUUUUGGAGGAGGAGAAACGACUAAUGAAAUGAGCAUUGCUUAAUUGAUAGUACAAAACGUAUAGUCUAGUAUCCCUUCUCAAUUAUAUUUUCCAUGAUUUUGCCUAGAAUUUCUUUUUACGAGUUUAUUCACUUUUGAGAAUAAUAAAUCGUGCUUUAAUCAUUUAUGUGGCUACUAGGUUACCAUGCCUAGGGAUGCUCUUCAUUAUGGAGGGGUGGAGCACCGAGAACUACAUAACGCCUAUGGGUACUAUUUUCAUAUGGCCUCAGCUGACGGACUUCUAAAGCGAGGUAAUGGUAAAGAUAGACCAUUUGUUCUGUCACGAGCCAUCUUUGCUGGAACUCAAAGAUAUGGAGCGAUAUGGACUGGAGAUAACUCAGCAGACUGGGAUCACUUCAAAGCAUCAGUUCCAAUGGUUUUAACUCUAGGACUGACAGGGAUAACGUUCUCUGGUAAGUAGGGUUGAUGAUAAGUUGAAAGGAAAAAGAAAAAUGGAGUUUAAGAUGAUAUUUAUGAUAAUGUAGUUAUUAAAUGGCUUCAUUAUGAGGUAACUUUCACUUUGUUUAAUACAGGCGCGGAUAUUGGUGGUUUUUUUGGGAAUCCAGAACCUGAGUUGUUAGUCCGUUGGUACCAGUUGGGCGCUUACUAUCCUUUCUUCAGAGGCCAUGCUCACCAUGACACUAAGAGACGUGAACCUUGGUUGUUUGGGUAAUAUAUUUAUCAGAUCCUUGUUUUCAGUGAUUUCAGUCGUACAAUUUCUACUAUGCUUCAAGGAUCAGUCAAUUAGAAAUUGAAAUUAUGCUAUGAAGUAACUGAGAAAUUGCUGCGAUAAAUUCUUUAUCUGUCAGUCAUUGGAACAAUUACAAUGUUUAUUUUUUGUCUAUUUUUAUUGAAUUCUCCACUGAGAAAAGUACAACAUCCAUUUUGCCAACACUGGCAAAUGUCUCUGUGGAAUAUUAGCAAGUUACGUGAGUUUAGGAAAACAUAACCCAUCCCUUUGAGUCAGAUAUUUGAUUUUUAUAUAUUGGAAACCAUCUCAUUCAGCACUAAUCUUUCAUGUUCUUGCAUUGCAUGUCUCGUUGGAUGCUAGUGGAUGUCGGCGUACAGAUGCCUAUUAAAUCAUAAUCAUUGUUUUUUUUUAUUCCUCAUGAUCAUCUCCACUGUUAGAGUUAUUAUAGUUUUUUGGCUGCCAGUUUAAUCUACCAGCGAUUCUUGUGAACAUUGUCUACUUGUUUAUUGCAUUGUAAGCAAUCAAUCACCUUGACGCGCCUGUAGAUUCCAUCGACUUAUUUCUUCAAAGCACUGCAGCUAUUCCCCUUGAGAAGCACCUAUUACUGACAGUCAUGAUUCCGUGUCAUGUUAGCCAGUCUUUGCAAUUAACCGCUGGAUUUAUCAAUUUUUUAAUCAUUAUUGAGUUUUCCAAUUUCCAGAAACGCUAAAAAUCUAUGAAAAUUCCUCUUAUAUUAUCUCUAUCUACAGUCAUGUUUUUUCUGUGUUUUUUUCCAAGCAACGAAAAAAAAAGACCGAAAAAACUUCGAUUUUUUUUUUUGAUAGUUCGAGCCCUGUUUCAUCGUGUCCCCGAAAUAUUAGAUGAACUUUCUUGAAUGAGCGUAAGCAAUGUAAUUUAUCUCCUAUAUUGCUCAGUAACUGGGCUCGUUUGCAACCCUUGGUAUCACGUCUACUAAAGGAAACCAAUCUGAUAUGUUUGAGUCAAGUCAGCCAGAUAUGGAAAUUAAUGGCCCCCAGCAACUUCUUUACGGUGGCUGGAGGUUUCUUUUUCUAAUGGGUCCUCGUAGAGCUUUUGGCGCCUGUGAGCUUCUGCUCUCUUUGCCAUGGUUUUACCUCUGUUCUCGUGCGCUGUGCAGGGAGCAGAACACCGCUCGCAUAAGGGAGGCGAUUCACACUCGCUAUUCAUUGCUGCCGUACUAUUACACGCUAUUUAGGGAGGCCGCUGUGAGCGGCACCCCCGUGAUGCGCCCGCUGUGGCUGGAGUUCCCGGGUGACCAACAAACCUACAACAUCGGGGACGCCUUCAUGGUCGGAAACAGUCUCCUUGUUAAGGGCAUCUACGAGGAGGUGCAGUCCCUCUCUCUCUCUCUCUCUCUCUCUCUCUCUCUCUCGCUGUACUGUAAAAUAAGGUUAUUUACCGUUGCCUUCUUGAAUCCAGAGGCAAAAGUCUGUGAAGGUGUAUUUGCCUGGCAAGGAGCAGUGGUUUGACGUGAGAAACGGAGGGACCUACGCCGGAGGGAGAUUCCAUACGUUGGAAGCUUCAGAGGAUGGCAUCCCUGCUUUCCAGAAGGCGGGCACCAUCGUCCCCAGGAAAGAAAGGUUCCGACGGAGCUCCACGCAGAUGGAAGACGACCCUUUUACUCUGGUGCUCCCUCUGCUCUCUCUCUCUCUCUCGCUGUCUCUCUCUCUCUGUCUCUGCUUACACUGCUGUAUUUGGGCAGGUGAUAGCCCUGAACAGCAGCCUGGAGGCGGAAGGAGAGCUGUACAUUGACGAUGGCAAGAGCUUCGACUAUGCCCAGGGGGCAUUCAUCCACCGGCGCUUUGUCUUCUCCAACCAAACCCUGCACUCCUCCAGCGUCGCCCCCGCCAACCCGCUGAAGAAGUUCUCUUCGAACUGCGUCAUCGAGAGGGUCGUCCUCUUGGGGCUCCCAGUCAAGCCGAAGAGAGCCGCCAUCUUGCCCGCCGGCGGCGAAGCGGAGGUCGAGCCCGGACCUCUCACACUCCGGCCCAGGGCGAGGCCGGCGGCGCUGGUGGUCCGCAGGCCUAACCUGCGCGUCUCCGACGACUGGUCUCUGAGGAUCUGGUAG